AUGCGAAUCGAUGGACAGUGUACAAAUCUGGCAAGAGCGGCCAUCAGAUACGCUUUCCACGACGCAGCAACCUACUCCUCCAAACUCCCGACUUACGCCCCAGCUUCCGGAGGCGCAGAUGGCUCCCUACUCCUCUCAGCCAACGAAAUCAACCGCACAGACAAUGAUGGUCUACACGACUAUCAUGGAACCAUCAAGCAAAAGCUCGCAGACUACCAAGCUGCAGGCUACGCCAUCGGCGCCGCAGACCUUAUCCAAGUCGCCGGCGCACUAGGAGUCAAAGCCUGUCCAGGAGGCCAAAUCGGUCGAGUCCUCGUAGGACGCACCGACACCACAACUGCCGCACCAGACGGCCUCCUACCACAAGCCUUCGGCCCCGGCUCCGACCACGACACAAUCUUCCAGCUCUUCAGCGACAAAGGCUUCACCGCACGAGAUCUCGCAGCUCUCUUGGGCGCCCACAGCACUUCGAUCGCCAACUUCGAAGCCGCGAACGGGAUUCCCGUGGGAACCCCUCAAGACGACACUCCCGGUCUAUGGGACGUGUCAUACUACAACGAGACCUACUACCCCGUAUCCGGCAUGGCGCGGUUCGAUAGCGAUAUCAAUUUGAGUCAGAAUGUUAGUAGUGCGGUGGGAAAGCAGUUCAAGAGUUUUGUGGGCCAGCAGGGGGCUUGGGGAGCGAGCUUUUCGAGUGCCUACCAGGCGUUGAGUCUGUUGGGGAUUUCCAGUAGGGCGCAGAGGACGAUGCAGGAUUGUUCGAUUUUGGUGGCGAAUGCUUUCCCUAGCUGA